AUGCCUUCGUUGACCACUACAUGGUCUCCCAGUUCGCUUCAGCUCCGGUUAGCAUUCGCCGCCCGGAGGUCUCCUCCCCCUCCCUUUCUCAGGAUGCGAAUUCGUGUGUUUUCGGUUUCCGAGAAUUGGUCGGUUAGAAAUAACGUGUCGGAGCGCCGUCGUUCCGGGGAUUCCUGGGCAGUGAAUCCCAAUUCAACUUCUGAUGGAUAUGCUGGCUGGACCGACGGAGAAGAAUCCAGCGGCGACUCGAAUCCGAAGGAACCCAAUCAUAGAAUUGUGGUGGCGGGUGUUGCGGGAGCUCUUCUUCUGGCUGGUCUCACCUUUGCUGCUUUCUCAUUUCGAAAUCGAGGCACAUCCAGAGUAGAACAGCCAAUGGAGCCACUAACAGCACGUGAAGAAGUAGCAUUGACAUCUGAUUACAAUGAUCAAACCUUAGAAGAUAGAAUCGACAGCAAGAAUCAAACUGAAGAUAGUAGUGAAAAGGCUGAACCUGCAAGUUUAGAUGAAGAUCUCAACACAAGCACUGUAAAGGCUGAACCUACUCUGAGUAAACAGAGUGAUGACUCUGAUAAAGGAGAUGAAUCAAGUCAUGGUGAUGUCUCUAAUAUCACUUCCCUUCAACAAGAAGAUGAAUCAUCUCUUGAUGACACUUCAGUUGGUCCUGAAGAGUUUCCCCAACAAUUGGAAAGUGAGUUUGCUAAAUCCAGCUCAGGAAGUGGUAAGGUUGACCUCAUUACUCUGGAUCUAGAGCAUCAACAUGCUCUUGAACCUGAGGGAGAUUCUGUUGUCACAAACUCAUCACUCUUAAAUGAUGACACAUCAACUAUAAGCACUGUUCGAAACUUGUCAUCAGAACCAUCACUCAGUGAGCCAGAUUAUGUAAAUGUUUCAGAUAAAUCACAAUUUGAUGAAGAUUUUGAGCCCUCUAAUAUGGAAACGAAUGAUCCAAGCUCUCCGGUGAACACAGAUGCUGAUCUGAACAUUGCUGCAGAAGUUUCAGGUGAACAAGAUAAGUCACCUGGGGGUUUGCACAACCCAAUUGUCAAUGAAUCAUCUGGAGCAAGUUCAGUGUCUGAUGUUUCAUAUCCUUUUACCAAGAAGCAACUUGGAAAUAUUUAUCAAACUGUUAAUGAAACCGGAACAUCUUUUGACUUGAACAGCCUUGGAAUUACGUACACUACUGCAGUCAUACCUGCUCCGUCGAAGCUAUCUACAGCAUUGCAGGAAUUCAGAGGAAAAGUUUUGAUUCCUGCUGUUGUUGAUCAAGUUCAAAGUCAGGCAUUAUCCGCUUUGCAAGCAUUAAAGGUCAUUGAAGUCGAUGUCCAACCAGGAGAUCUUUGUACUCGUCGAGAAUAUGCUCGUUGGUUGGUUUCAGCCAGUGGUGUCCUAUCAAGGAGUACAGUUACAAAGGUCUACCCUGCCAUGUACAUUGAGAAUGUCACAGAACUUGCCUUUGACGACAUUAGACCUGAAGAUCCUGAUUUUCCAUCUAUUCAAGGUUUGGCAGAAGCUGGUCUGAUUUCCAGUAAGCUAUCAAGACGUGACAUGCAAUCUUCUCCAGAUGAUGACCAUAGUCCUGUUUUCUUCUCACCAGAGAGCCCUUUGUCACGUCAAGAUCUUGUAAGUUGGAAGAUGGCCCUAGAAAAGAAACAGCUUCCAGUAGUUGACAAAGAGAUUUUGCAGCAACUCUCGGGAUUCAUAGAUUUAGAAAAGAUUCACCCUGAUGCUUGGCCUGCACUUGUGGCUGACAUAGCAGCGGGAGACCAGGGGAUUAUGGCCCUGUCUUUUGGAUACACAAGACUAUUCCAGCCAGAUAAGCCCGUGACAAAAGCUCAAGCUGCAAUUGCCCUUGCAACUGGCGAGGCUUCUGAAAUUGUUGGUGAGGAACUUGCACGUAUUGAAGCAGAAUCUAUGGCAGAAAAUGUUGUUGCUGCACAUAAUGCCCUAGUGGCUCAAGUUGAGGAAGAGAUGAAUGCCAGUUAUGAGAAAGAACUUCAACUGGAAAGGGGGAAAAUUGAUGCUGUAAAGAAACUAGCUGAAGAAGCAAGGGCAGAAAUUGAGAGGUUGAGAGCUGAGAAGGAGGAAGAAAAUCUUUCGUUGCUGAAGGAACGAGCUGCAGUUGACUCAGAAAUGGAAGUUCUGUCUAGGUUGAGACGUGAAAUGGAGGAGCAGUUGCAGACCGUCAUGAAUGACAAAGCUGAAAUUUCAUAUGAAAAAGAAAGACUCGUCAAGCUUCGAAAAGAUGCGGAAAUUGAGAAUCAAGAGAUUGCACGAUUGCAGUAUGAGCUGGAGGUUGAGCGGAAAGCUUUGUCGAUGGCCAGAGCAUGGGCUGAGGAUGAGGCGAAAAGAGCAAGAGAGCAAGCAAAAUCCUUAGAUGAGGCUCGGGAAAGGUGGGAGAGACAAGGGAUAAAAGUAGUUGUUGAUGAUGACCUGCGUGAAGAGGCAAAUGUUGGAGUUACUUGGGUGGCUGCUGGAAAUGAGUCAUUUGUUAAAGGAACCAUUGAUCGGGCUGAAAAUUUGGUGGAUAAGCUAAAGCAUCUGGGAGAUGUUGUCAAGGAAAAAUCUAAAGAUACAAUACAAAUGAUCAUCCAGCUGGUCCUCUCCACAAUACACAGGUUGAAGGAACUGAUUGGAAAAGCUGGUAGGCAGGCUGAGGAGCUAAAAGAUACGGCCGUUGAAAAGCUUGGUAACUCAUUACAAGAGGCUCAACAAAGUUCAGUUGUACUUGCUUCAGCUGCCAAGGAUGGAAUUAAGCGGUUUGCAGGAGAUUGCAGGGAUGGAGUAGAGAAGAUCUCCCAAAAGUUCAAGACAUGA